AUGCCACGGUGCGUGUGCGGCACGUACAUUUCUACCGACUCCGAGACAGAAGAAGAGGAAGACGAAUGGGAGGACUCUUGUCUGAAGGAAUGGAAGGAGGAGAACAAAAAGUUCGUACCAACCAAAGCCAGUGAGCUGGUAGAGUCCAAAUUACACCUCGCUAGAAUUUGUAUUGUGGGAGAAACAGGAUUUAAUGAUCCCAUUGGGAAAAGCGAUAUCGAUGAAAAAUUGUUCAGAUUGUGGCAUUUACAAAAGGAAAUAUUGGAUGACUAUUGUAAGAAAAAUAAAGAUGGGGAAACAAAAGGAAAGCUUCCCAAAGUCAUUGUCACUUGCAGGUCCAAUCUUCUCAAAAACGACAGAGAAUUCAUAAUGAGUGGAUUCACCAUUAUAAAUCUGGACGAAGAUGAAGUAAGAUUAACCAAACAAGAAAAAACGGACAUUCUAAAGAGACAUAUAGAUUGUUCUGAACUUGAGCAUAAGGAACUUAAUCAGCUUCUUUUGGUUGAGAAAUCAUUUCCUUUACUAUCCAGUAUAGUUUCUACCAGUAAAAACUUACAAGAAAAUAUACUCAAUUUUUUUAGCCAACCUUUCGAACAACUGAAAAGAGAAAUUCUAUUAUUGAAAGAAAAUUCCAAAGAAAAAUAUUUAUGUUUACUUUUAUUGAUUUUGCUGGGAAAUAGGCUAUCAAAGCAUAGUUUUCACGACGAAGACAGGGAAUCCCUGGAAGAUGAAGAAGAUAAUGAUGAAGACAAAAAUGAUAAAGACGAUGACAAUGAUAAAGACGACGAGGAUGAAGAUGAUGAGGAUGAAACCGACGAUGAUGAAGACGAUGAUGAUGAAGAUGAUGAUGACGACGAUGAAGAUGAUGAUGACGACGAUGAAAAUGUUUACACGAUUAACGACGAUAAGAUGCUUAAUGAUCUGUUUGAAACACUUAAACUCAGUAAAAGCAUAUCUCGGAUAGCCCUCAUGGAUUGUUUAAAGUCUCUCAGGGGUCAGUAUUUUCUACGACGUAUACGCAGAAUUUUCCAAAUAACAAAUGACUCUUUUCUGCUUGCCUUAACAAAUAUAUUCUGUACUGAUGUACCAGAGCAAUUUCUUAAAUAUUGCUGCAGUAGUUUCUUCAGAACAUCGACCACGUGUUCCGUUCCAGAAAAUCAAAUCUUUCCAAAGAUUCAACUAGUGGACCGUUUUGUUGAUCCUUUUUUGGACAGAAUCGAGGAUGACAUUAAGAAUGGCACGUACUUGGAUGUAUUUCUGUGUCCUUGGAUACGUGAUGAUAGAGUUUUGACAAAGCUUCUGAUGCGCCUGAAGACUAAACCUUAUGAGGAAAUGGAAAAGUUAACUUUAUACUCAAAACUUGAUCAAGACAAUGAUCUACAGAUUCUGAAACCAUGGUUACGGAAGAACUUACAGGGGUAUUCUAGACUUGACUUAAUCCCUCUGUGCCAUGAAAUAUCUCCAAUCAUCCUUAUGCUUGUAUUAAACAUUGACAAAUUAUUUUCUGCAAUUUUUUCCUUAGUAAAGGAAAAUCAGAGUAGUUCUGAAUAUUUUAGGAAUGCCCCGUUGAUGAGCGCCUGUUCUGUCAAUGGGCGAAAGGAAUUCGCUGAACAAGUUUUAGAAGUAACAGACUUCAAAAAUGCGUGCUGGAGUAGACAGGAGAAUAUAUUUUCUAUUCAUAUAGCUGCAAAUUUUCUUAACGUUGCCAUUUUAUCACUUAUUCUAAAUGAAGAAUGUGAUGUGAAUAUGCUUAUGCAGAACAACGAAUCUCCCCUCUUCUUAGCGGCAGCGGCAGGAAAAUACAAUCUUCAAAAUAUCUCUUGGGCACGCAACGUAAAAUUCAGUGAUCCUAGUAAAACCUUAGACGAAGUAUUGGAGGAAAAGCGGAUGCAGGCAUUGAUCCUUCUUGUUGGGAAAGGUGCGAAUGUCAACAUCCAUCCUGUUGAACUUCCAACAGCUCUUGCCUUCACAUGUCAGACACAAAAUGUCGACAUUGUUCGUUUGUUGCUCGAUAAUGGUGCAAAUGUCAAUGAUACUGGCAAGAACAAAGUGUCUCCUUUACACUUUGCAUCUGAGAUUGGCAACUUAGAAACAGUCCAGCUACUUUUAGACAAGGGCGCAGAUGUUCACAUGAGGACCGAAGGAGGGUAUACUCCGUUAUAUUUUGCAUCGUUAAAUGGUUAUGAUGCCGUGGUCGAACUUCUUCUCUCAAAAGGAGCAUUUGAUGAACUCAAGGAAGAGACAGGAUACACACCCUUCUUUGUAGCUUGUAAACAUGGCCAUACAAACAUUGUCAAAAUGUUCCUAAAGCACGAUCCCUGUGUAAAUUGUACUUUAGCAUCAGGUACCUCAGCAGUUUUAGUUGCUUCUAAGAAUGGCCACGAAAAAAUUGUCGAUUCGCUUCUAAAAAAUGGCGCUGAUGUAAAUAUCGUUCAAAAAAGCACAAUGAUAGGCCCGUUGUUUUCUGCAGCCUCUCGUGGAUAUGUUCAAGUAGUAGAGCUGCUAUUAAACUAUGACUUGGAUAUUAAUCUGAGGACAAAGAAAGAAGAUACGCCGUUAAUCGCUGCUUCAAAAAACGGUCACUUUUUAACCGUCCAUUUACUGAUAAAAAAUAAAGCAAAUGUAAAUCAAGCCAAUAAUGUUAUGAUAACUCCCCUUCACAUGGCUGCACAGCAAGGCCAUCAUGAUAUUGUGUCGUUACUACUGGAGAACAACGCUGAUGUUGAUGCAUGUUCAAAAAGUGGAGCCACUCCAUUAAUAUUUGCUUCAGGUCGUGGGUACAGGAAUGUUGUUCAAGAACUUCUAAAUCAUGGUGCGGAUGUAAAUAAAUCUAACAGACAUGGGAAUACUGCCCUUUUUGUUGCUUCAGAGCACGGUCAUAUUGAAAUUGUAAAAAUCCUUUUAGCAAAAAAAGCUGAUGUUAAUUUGUGUUCAAAGAAUGAAAAAAGUCCAUUGUUCAUUGCAUUGGAAUUUGGUUACCAUGAAAUUGUUAAAGAAUUGUUGUGUCAUGGUAGUAAUGUGAACGGUGCCGGUUCAAAAAACCCCUUAUUGGCCUCUUCAUAUUCUGGACACGAGAAAACUGUUGCUUUACUUAUUGAAAAUGGGGCGGAAAUCAAUGUAUGCGACGACGAGGGAAAUUCUGCAUUAAUGAAUGCAUCAAGAAGAGGGUGGAUUAAUGUGGUCAAACUUUUGCUGAAGAAUGAUGCUGACGUCGACAUCUGCGAUGACGAAGACGAUCAAAAUGCUCUAGAUAUGGCGUGUUUUAUGGGGCAUUCUGAUAUUGUGAAACUAUUACUUGAUCAUGGCAUGGACAUUAAUAACAAUGGUGAUAAUGAGAAAUACACUCCUUUACAACAAUCUUUAGAAGGAAACCGUCUCUCAACGGCUUUGCUUCUUUUGGACCGUGGUGCUGAUGUAAAUACUGUUGUUGACGGUUCAACUGCUCUUUUUUUGGCUUGCUCUGCCGGAUUAAAAGAAGUCGUUGAUAUUCUUUUAGAGCGUAAAGCUGAUGUCAAUCCUAAAAACUCAGAUGGUUCUUCUGCCAAAUCCCCACUUUAUGCUGCUGUAGAGGAAGGUGAUUUUCAGAUAGUUAAGGUUCUCUUACAGUGUGGUGCGGAUGCAAACUAUAGCUCAAGUAACGGUGCUGUAACUGUACUGAUGAAAGCUGCACAGAAAAACAACCCCAGCAUGGUCAAGCUCCUUAUAGAAAAUGGAGCUAAUGUCAACUCGGUAGAUAAAUAUGGUAAUACAGCUCUGUAUAUAAGUGUGGUUGAUAACUACAAUGUGGAAUCUCUGUCCAUUUUACUUAAUAACAACGCUGACGUGAAUGUUCGCAAUCCAGAAGGAACCACACCGUUGAUGAUGGCUCUGGAUAAAUUUGAUUCAUCGAAGUUCGUACAAGCACUGGUUGAUCAUGGUGCAGACGUCAAUGCUCGUGACAAAAAAGGACAACCUAUUUUACAUCUGGCGGCCGGAUGCUAUAAUGGACAUAAGGGCAUACCUUUUCUCUUGAAACAUGGCGCUGACGUCAAUGCACGUAACGAAAAUGGCGAAACUGCUCUCCAUGAGGCAAGCUAUGUUGGUUCUUAUAAAUCAGUGAAAGCACUUAUUGAACAUGGGGCAAACGGGACCCUUCGCUCGAAAGCUGGUCUCAGUCCAUUGCAUAUUGCCAAAAGAGGGAGACAUGAACAAAUUAUACGGAUUCUUUCUGAGAAAUUUGGCGGGAGUGAUUUUGAUAAAGAAGUCGUACUCGCACGGAAUAAUCCAAGAGGACCCGCUCUACCAAGAAAGAGUGGUUCAAUGAAGUUCAAAAAAACGUGGCGAUAAAACAGAACAAACUGAUUUAGAAAUUUGUUUUUUGAGUUAAAGGUUGGG